AUUAAGUAACCCAAAAGUACCAAUACCCCACCCUAUAAAUUCACUUAUUCAAAUAUUAAAAUCACAUUCCUUUCUCUAUCAAUUCUUUCCCCUCACCAACACCAAUCUCCUUCCUCUAAUUUUUCCCUCUCAUAUUUCCUAAACAUUUUUCUAACAUACAAUAUCAUCCUUAAGUUUCAUAUGGGCACUCUAGUGGGACAUGUGGCUCCUGGUUUUGGAUUCUUAAUAAUUGGACUAUGGCACCUUUUCAACCACAUCAAACUCCAUGUUCAAAAUCCAAAUUCCUACAUUUCACCACCAUGGUUCCCAACAUCAAAAUACAAAUACCUUGAACUUUUUAUAAUCAUGUUAGCCUCAACAGCUUCAAUUUCCAUGGAACUCAUCAUAGGACCGGACCGACACACGCCUUUCGAUCCGGACGGAACCAUUCCAUCAAACCAUCUCCACAACUUUGAACACUCUUCAAUCUCCAUGACUUUCUUCGUCUAUGCCGCUUUCGCAAUUAUCCUCGAUAAAAUCGAAAACCAAUCAAAAUUUGCCCUAACACAAUUACUAGCUUCAAUAGCUUUUGGUCAACAACUUCUUCUAUUCCAUCUUCAUUCCGCUGACCAUAUGGGACCAGAAGGACAAUACCACCUUCUCUUACAAAUUGUUAUAUUCAUAUCUCUUUCAACUACCCUUUUAGGAAUUCCCAUGCAAAAAAAUUUCUUGGUUAGUUUUGUGAGAUCUUUAAGUAUAUUUUUUCAAGGCUUGUGGCUUAUGGUUAUGGGAUUCAUGCUUUGGACACCGGAAUUAAUUUCAAAAGGUUGUUUUAUGAACAAUGAGGAAGGACAUAAAGUUGUGAGAUGUACGGAUCAUGAAUCACUUCAUCGUGCUGUUUCACUUGUUAAUAUUUUGUUUAGUUGGUUUUUAAUUGGUGUCACGGUUUUUGGUGUGUCUUUCUAUUUGAUUUUGACCAAGUUGUUCGGUGGAAAUAAGGUUCGGUAUUUCUCGUUGGGGAAUGAAGAGGAGGAAGAGAGAGAAAAUGUUGAAAAGUUUAAUGAUGACGUGGAGUCUCAAAAGGGUAGCUUAGUUGGCAACCCCAAAAGCUUUAUUCAUGUGGGGAAAAAAACUUUUUCACCUAUUGACAUUGAAAGGUAGUAGUUUAAGGGGGGUGCAUUCAUGGUAUAGUUAAUUUGUGAUUAUUUUUUAUUAAAUUUAAUUUGUGAUUAAUUACUUGUUAGGUUAGGUGUGUGAUGGUGUAUAGUACUAUAUACUAUUAGGUUGUUGGGGUCCAUGUAUAUUAAUAAUAUGUACCAAUUACAGAAUGUAGUUGGCUUAAGGAAACUUUGAUGAAUUAGAGGAAUAUGGUUGGAUGGAUAUUGUUUUGUUUGUGUUUGGUUGAUACAGAAGGAUUGUCAGUUUAAAUGUACUUUUGUGGAAUAUGAAAGAAAUUUUCUUUAUUAAUUUUAUUA